GGCUGACGUGGAGGGUCACGGUUAGCGGGCACUACGAGUUGCGGGAUUGGGGAGCGACGGGCCGGGCCGGGCCCUUGGGCCCUCGGCGGCGGCGCGGCGGUAUAAAGCUGGCGACGGGGAGCAUGUAAUGUCGGAAUGCGGAGGCCGCGGCGGCAGCGGCGGCAGCAGCAGCAGCAGCAGCGACGACGCCGAGGAGGAAGGUGGCGGCGGCCCAGCGGGCUCCGGCUCCCUCAGCCCGGCCCCGGCUGGAGCGUCCUCGGCGGAUCGGCUCCGUCGCGGACUGCGCGGCGCCUUCCUCAUGGCGCGCCGGCGACCCGAGCUGCUUUGUGGGGCCUUGGCGCUCGGCUGCGCGCUGCUCCUCGCCCUCAAGUUUACCUGCAGUCGAGCCAAAGAUGUGAUAAUACCAGCAAAGCCACCUGUCAGCUUUUUCUCCCCAAGGUCUCCGGUUCUUGACCUCUUCCAGGGUCAGCUGGACUACGCAGAGCACGUUCGCCAGGACUCAGAGGUGGUGCUGCUGUUCUUCUAUGCCCCAUGGUGUGGACAGUCCAUGGCUGCCAGAGCAGAAAUUGAGCAAGCAGCGAGUCAGCUUUCAGACCAGGUGUUGUUUGUGGCAAUUAACUGUUGGUGGAACCAGGGGAAAUGCAGAAAACAGAAGCAUUUCUUUUAUUUUCCUGUGAUAUAUCUGUAUCAUCGGAGUUUUGGACCAAUCGAAUACAAAGGCCCCAUCAGUGCUGUUUACAUUGAGAAGUUUGUCCGUCGGGUGAUGAAACCACUUCUGUACAUCCCAUCUCAAUCAGAAUUACUAGAUUUUCUCUCAAACUACGAGCCUGGAGUACUUGGGUACUUUGAGUUCAGUGGCUCGCCCCAGCCUCCUGGUUAUUUGACCUUCUUCACCUCAGCAUUAUAUUCAUUAAAAAAAGAUUACCUAGGAACAGUACGAUUUGGGGUUAUCACAAAUAAACAUCUUGCGAAACUGGUAUCCUUAGUACACUCUGGAAGUGUGUAUUUACAUAGACAUUUCAACACAUCACUUGUCUUUCCCAGGGAGGUCAUCAACUACACAGCUGAGAACAUCUAUAAGUGGGCCUUAGAAAAUCAAGAGACACUCCUUCGAUGGCUGCAGCCACAUGGUGGAAAAAGUAUCCUGCUGAAUAAUGAACUGAAGAAAGGACCAGCCCUUUUUUUAUUUAUACCUUUUAAUCCGUUAGCUGAAAGUCAUCCUUUAAUAAAUGAGAUCACCGAAGUGGCCUUGGAGUACAACAACUGUCAUGGGGACCAGGUGGUGGAGCGGCUCCUUCAGCACCUGCGGCAAGUGGAUGCCCCAGUGUUCAAGUCUCUGGCAACUGAGCCCCCAGCCCAGCUGCUGGACCUGCCACUGAUAAUGGCAUCCCCCUGCUGCAACACGGUGGUGCUGCCUCAGUGGCACGCUAUCUCCAGAACCCACAAUGUCUGUGAACUAUGUGUCACGCAGAGCUCUGUCAGCGUGCCACAGUGCAGCUUUCUCGAGGUGGCAGGAGCUCUGGAUUCUUUCUACCUCAAGGAGCAGGCCUUUUAUCAUGUGGCAUCAGACAGCAUGCUGUGUAGCAAUUUUCUGAGUUUCUACAGCCCUUUCAGCUACUAUACUGCAUGUUGCAGGACCAUGGACAGGAGUGUGACAGGCUUCUUAGAUUCUGAACCAGAUGUAUUCAAAUCCCCGAACAUUGAAUUUCCUUCCGUCGAGAAGGAAUGUGAGAUUGAUACCCCAGGCUCCGUUCCUCACAUUGAGGAGAACAGGCAUAUCUUUCCUGAGGUGGACAUGAACAGCACAAACUUCACAGGCCUGAGCUGCAGAACCAACAAGACCCUGAACCUCUACCUGUUGGAUUCAAAUUUGUUUUGGUUGUAUGCAGAAAGGCUAGGUGCUCCUAGCACCGCUCCGGUGAAAGAAUUUGCUGCAAUUGUUGAUGUGAAAGAAGAGUCUCACUAUAUCUUGGAUCCAAAACAAGCUCUUAUGAAGUUCACCCUAGAGUCUUUUAUUCAAAACUUCAGCGUUCUCUACAGUCCCUUGAAAAGGCAUCUUAUUGGAAGUGACUCUGCCCAGUUCCCUUCUCAGCAUUUAAUCACUGAAGUGACAACUGAUACCUUCUGGAAAGUAGUCCUUCAAAAGCAGGAUGUUUUGCUGCUUUAUUACGCACAGUGGUGUGGCUUCUGUCCAGCUCUCAAUCACGUCUUCAUCCAGCUAGCUCGCCUCCUGCCAACGGAUACGUUCACUGUGGCAAGGAUUGAUGUAUCUCAGAAUGAUCUUCCUUGGGAAUUUAUGGCUGACCGUCUUCCUACUGUCUUAUUUUUCCCCUGUAACAGAAAGGACCUAAGUGUGAAAUACCCCGAAGACCUUCCCAUCACCCUUCCAAACCUGCUGAGGUUCAUUUUGCAUCACUCAGACCCUGCUUCUGUCCCCCCGAACUUGGCUAACCCUCCUACCAAAGAGUGUCUUCAGAGCGAGGCAGUCUUACAGCAGGGGCACAUCUCCCAUUUGGAGAGAGAGAUCCAGAAGCUAAGGGCCGAAAUCAGCACCCUUCAGCGAGCGCAAAUGCAGGUGGAGGCCCAGCUUUCCAGCGCACGCAGGGAUGAGCACCGGCUGCUGCAGCAGCAGCAGACCCUGGAGAAGCAGCACAGCUUGCUCCAGCUGCACAGUGAGCAGAUGCAGGCCCUGUACGAGCAGAAGACCAGGGAACUGGAGGAGGUGGCCCGAAAGCUCCAGGAGCUGGCCGACGCCUCAGAAAACCUGCUCACUGAGAACACGUGGCUCAAGAUCCUGGUGGCGACCAUGGAGCGGAAACUGGAGGGCAAGGAUGGAGCUGAAAACCUCACCCCCGCAGAGGAAGUGCACUCUGACCACCCCGAGCCUUCAGGGCCCCCCCGAUUACCUGGCAGUACCCCUCCACCGGCCAAUAUCAGUCCCCCACUGGUGGCUGAAAGGAGCAAUGAGAAUAGGACAGACUAACUUUUUAAAUGACAUGAAGAAAUCAGAGGUGAAAACUGUACACUGGGAAUAUAUUUAUGCAAAUUUUAUUGAAAUUUAUUGUAAAUAAAGAUUUUCUCAGUGGUCUAGAAAAUCA